AUGGCCUGGAGCCUGCUGAUCCUUCUGUCCUGUCUCAUGGUCUCUGUGCAUGGGAACUCAGCUCCAAGUUUCACCUCUAACAUGACCGUGGUUGCACUGCCUGAGGACAUGCCUGAGGGUACUGUGGCUUUCUGGAUUACAGCUACAGACCCAGAUAAAGACCCCCUGACCUAUGACAUAAGUGGCCGUUAUUCCUAUUUCUUUGCUGUCAAUAAGGACACAGGGAUGGUGACCCUGAGCAGUCCUUUGGACUAUGAGACAUUGUUCCUUUUUUCCGUCACCAUCUCUGUUUGGGACCAUACAAAUCCAGAGGUGCAGAAGCAGUUACAAGUCAUCGUGCAAGACAGAAAUGACAAUCAGCCAGUUUUCCAGGAUACACCCUAUUCUACUAGUAUCAAUGAGACUCUGCCUGUGGGCUCCCAGGUUUACACAGUAAGAGCAGAAGACCCCGACACAGGGCUUGGUGGCUUGGUGAACUACACCAUUCUUGAGGUUAUUCCCAACACUCCAGAAAAUCAGAAGCUCUUCUCCAUCCGGUCCAAUGGCACCAUCUUCCUUGAAGGUCCUCUCAGCUACAACAACAAAAGCAUGUUCUAUCAACUGAAACUGCAGUCUUGUGACCAAGACAAGAACAACACACUGUGUUCUCAAACAGUCUUCCUGACUAUUACAGUGAUUGAUCUUCCAGAUCUGGACCCACAGUUUCUCCAGGAGCCUUAUACAGCUUCAGUAGGAGAAGAUGCCCCCUUGGGCACCUCAGUGUUGACCUUAAAGACUAUGGAUGGAGACAAAGGCAUCAACGAUCCAGUCAAAUUCUCUAUCUCUAACUCUACAAGGCCUUGGUUUGCCAUCAAUGAGCAGACUGGAGUCAUCACUGUGAACCAUUCUUUGGAUCGAGAACUACUGCUAGAUGAGGAUGAAGAGGUGCACUUGGAGGUCACGGCCACAGAAAUCCAUCUCAACAUUUAUGGGCAAGAGGCUAAGGCCAGGACAUGGGUGACCAUACGGGUGACAGAUGUUAAUGAUCACUCCCCUAAAUUCUACAACUGCAUCUUGCCUGCCUGUGAUUUCUCUGAUGACAAGACGGUAACCACUUUUAGUGGCUAUGUGGCUGAGCACUCCUCCACCAGGGUACCAAUUAGCAACCUGUCCAUGGUGGCUUAUGAUCCAGACAAGGGCCUCAAUGGCACUUUCUCACUGUCCCUGACUGGCCCUGACCACAUGGCUUUUAUCGUGUCACCUGAAAGGGUGGUGAACACAGGAGAGGUGCAAGUGUUAGUCUGGCAGUCUAACCUUGUGGAUUUUGAGAAAAAGCAAACAAUGGAGGUAGAGGUCAUAGCCACUGAUGUCGAAAGCCACAAGGCCUCCACUGCCCAGGUAACCAUCCAUGUGGAAGAUAUUAACGACCAUGCACCUGAGUUCAAUAAGACCCAGUAUACUCUCUAUGUAUAUGAGCACUGCCCGAAUGGCACGGUGGUUACCAAGGACAUCCAGGCCACAGACCCUGAUACUGAGUUCCGAGGACACAUCACUUACCACCUCCUCUCAGGGAACAGUGCGGAUAUCUUUCAGGUGGACCCCAACACUGGAGAGGUGACAGUGAAGGAUGGUAACCUGCUAGACCGGGAGCUGCAAUCUGUCUACUACCUCACGCUGCAGGCUACAGAUGGAGGUGGCCUGACUGGCUCCACCCUCCUGCAUAUCAUCGUGCUGGACAUCAAUGACAACGCCCCUGUGGUUAGUGGCUCCUAUAACAUCUUUGUCAAGGAGGAGGAGGACAACGUCACAGUGACCAUCCAGGCCUAUGACAACGAUGAACCUGAUACUAACAACAGUGAGAUCCGUUUUGAACUCCUGCCUGGGCCAUAUAAUAACAACUUCACCUUGGACCCAGUCACUGGGUUACUGAAGAACCAGGGCCCCUUGGACCGUGAGGCCAUUGAUCCACUCCUGUUAGGAAAGAUCGUGCUGACAGUGCUAGUGUAUGAUCUGGGAGAGCCCUCUCUCAACACCACAGUCAACGUCACCAUCAACGUAGAGGACAUCAAUGACAACAAGCCUGUGUUCAGCCGUACGAUUUAUGAAUUCCAUGUAAAGGAAAGACUAAUGGGUGCAUACCUGGGCAUCGUGGAGGCCUGGGAUGCUGACCAGACGGAUGUGAACAACCGUGUCGCCUUCAGCUUAACUGGGGAUGGAGCCAGUAACUUUCAGAUCCGCUCCGUGUUCCUGGGCUCAGGGGAGAGUCAGGGGAACGUGUCCCUGGUUUCAGACGUGAGCCUAGACUAUGAGAGGCCCCCCAGCAACUUCACACUGAUGGUGCUGGCUCAGAAUGCCGCUGAGUCUAACGAGAUAGGAUCUGCCACGGUGCUAGUGAUCACGGAAGAUGUGAACGAUGAAGCGCCGAGCAUUCUGGCAUCCUCUUUGAAGGAGAUCAAAGUGUAUGAGCACCAAGACUAUGAGGAUGAACUCGUGGCCCAGGUGGAGGCCCAGGACCCUGACACCAAUGCCUCGCUGGAAAUCCGCCUUCAGGAAAUAGGCUGCUUCAAGAGCGGGACUAACGUGGGUUCUGUGUGCCAGGACUGGUUCAAGCUGGUCCCCAACGGCAGCGUCUACAUCAACGAUAGCUCGGCCAUAGACUAUGAGGUCUGCGACCUCGUCAGUCUGCUCCUCCAGGCCUGGGAUCUCCACACGGCUGAGGGUUUCCCCGCCAACAGCCCUAACGAGACUCUACCCAUCGCCGUCUUGGAUGUGAAUGACCAUCCACCUGAAUUCCUGCCUGUGGAUGAGACAUUUGUGAUUGUGCCGGAGGCCCUCUCUCUAAAUCAGCAGGUGGCUAUGGUUAAGGCCACAGAUAAGGAUGAUGGGGACAAUGCGGUCCUUUCCUUCUUCAUUGAUGGGAUAGAAUUCAUCACCAAUGAUAACUCCAGAAUCCCCCUUGAAGGCCUGUUCAAUAUCGAGGAUUCAUCUAAGGGCAACAUAUACACAGGCAUCAUAAAGGUUGUGAAGUCCCUCGACAGUUCCCGCCAGGGAACCUACCAGCUAACAAUCAGAGCCCAAGAUAACCCUAGUAAGGACCCUCCUCUAUCAGCCAGCACCUCCCUGAAUCUCUUCACUGUGGACCAGAGCCAUCGUCUACGGCUUCAGUUCUCAUCAGGAGCUACAGAAGUGGGAAACAACAUUGAUAAAAUCAGAGCUGCCCUGAUGGAAGCAACAAGGACCACAGUCUCCAUUGUGAGCAUCAAGGACAUUGAUGACUCAACCUCCAGAUCUCUCAGAGCUAAAAGCUUGUCUUAUAUGGAUGCUUACUUUGUGUUCAGCAAUGGAACAGCUUUGACCCUUGAUGAUCUCAACAUAUGUAUCCGGAGUGACCAGGAGGUGUUAAACACGUUGCUACGACUGGGAUUGGUGUUGAUAGGCUCUGGGGAGGAGAUAAAGCAAGACAAGGAGAAGGAGUUGCUCAGCAUCAUUGUUGGCCUAGGGAUUGCCUUAAUCAUUCUUAUCAUCAUCAUGACUACAUCAUUAGUCUGUACUAGGAAGAGCUACAAGAGGAAGCUUAGAGCUGUGAAGGCUGCUAAAGAGGCCAAGAAGGCAAGCGCUGGACUCAACCGGCAGGGCCCCGUGAUCCCUGGGACAAACCUGUUUAAUUCUGAGAAAGCCAACCCCAUGCUCAAUAUGUCUUCAAUGGAUCUGGACUUUGAAUCUUUUUCCCCCCAUAAUGAAGAUGAUGUUGCCAGCAUCAAUUCCCUGGAUGAGAACAAGGUGAAUGCAGAUGUGAACAUGAUUAUGGAUAUGGAUACAGACCUCCAGAAGGAUCACAAGGAGAAAGGAGCUGCAGAGCCGCUGACCAUGGUGCUGGAAUCAGGAAAGGGCAAAAAUCAAGGAAAGGAUAAGAUAAAGCUGAAAUUCGGUGAAGUCAAUGCAGCUCUGGAUACCACUGACCUCUGAUCCUGUCUACACUGUACACCUCACUCCCACCCUGUCUUCUGAGGUCACCCCCUCUCCCAUUCGUCCUCCCUCAGAACACAUAUCAUAAACCCUGAUUUGUUGGUGACCCACAUGACAAUCUGUAAGUCCUGACCCGUGUGCCUGUGGGAUGUAGAGUAAUGGAGACUCAGCAUUUCAUUGCUAUGGCUCUUUUCUCCCACUUAUGUCACCUGUUUGUGCCUCAGGCCUGGUGGAUGGCCCCAGCCAGUUUCUAUUGAUAAAUAAAUCAAUUGUCUUGUA